UCUUGGUGAACAGUGUUCUAUGUUGUAUUAUUGCAUGACUUCAGGAAGUGGAGAUUAUGAUACUACGACAAUUCCAUUGAAGGCUCCAUUGUUUUAUCAAAAGGAAGACACACAAAUUUAUGUUACUAGUGAUGAUGUCUCUGAAUUACUACGAGGAGCAUGGGCUAAUAUUUCAUUAAUCCAUGUCUACAUAUUGUACUUAAUUGAAGAGCAUAUCUCAUUAUUUCAGAAAACUAAAAUCAAAUUCUUGUGCCCCCAAAAAAUUUCUGCAGCUGAAAUCAAGAAAGAUUUCCUUGAAGUCAAAAUGUAUUUGAAAAAUGCUUUUCUUACUGAAUUAAGGAAAAAGGAUGCACAAUGCAAAUUCAUUUUGGCUCCAUAUAUGGAAGCGAAUCAUUGGGUACUCUAUGUGAUUGAUUUGUGUAUGAGUCUUGUGUAUGAGUUUGAUUCUGUUAUUCAAUCACCUCCGAACGCUCGAAACUCAGAGUUGUCCAAAGUAAUGAAGAUACCUUACAAUGUAUAUAGGUCACACCUUAAAGGAAAUGCUUUCAAAACGAGUAAGCCACAAUUACUACACAUAAGAAAGGAGUGUGCUCAACAAUGUGGUGGUACCGAAUGUGCUUAUUAUGUGAUGAGAUAUAUGUAUGAGAUAGUAUCUUUCCAUAGCGAUUGCAAGGGUAAUUUGAAAGAGGAGUAUUUGGCAAGACUUGCAGCCUACAACGAUGUAGAAUUGGAUGAGAUUCGAGAACAAUGGGCUAAGUUUUUUAGGCUUAAUUUUUUGUUGAAAGACUAGUUAUCUUAUUAAUCGAUGUUAUGAUUUAUCGCAUUUAGCUUAAUAAAAUGAUAUAACACAUUUUUAUAUAUCUACUUUAAUUUUAUUUAGCCCAUUGGUUAUUGUUAUUACAUUUCUACAUUAUAAAUCAAUGCUUUUUUGAUUCAAGUUUAAUUGUUUUUUGGAAAUUACAGUAUAAUUAAUUUUUUUUGUAUUGUAUGGUUAUGGAUGAAUAAUUCGAGUUGUGCGGAACUAUUUAGAGUGUUUGUAUUGUAUGGAAGUAUUCGUAGUA